AGGUCCAGCAUCUAUGUAACAUCUUUUGGUUAUACCCAGAGGAUUAUAUUCUAAAUAUUAGGUUUAAUGAUGUUUGUUGUGCCUCUCUUUUUGGGUAAAUUUGGUUGUAACUUGAUUAAAGUAGUCUGGUUACUAAAAAUUUAAGCUGCUUCGUCUGACUCGUUUUGCUAUUUCUGGGUGUACUCUUGAUUUUAGAGUUGCACCGUUUUUUUUAAACCAACUAAAUAUAUUGCGAAGAUGGUCACACUGAAGCCAUUCACGCAUGCGUUACUAUCAACAUGUAUUACAAUUUAGAGAUGUUACUUUCUCCGUGCAUUACACGCUGUGGCUUGCUAUCACUGUGUUCAUCAAUUAAUCAACGCAGGCAAACCUGUAAUAUCAAAAGCGCAGUUUAUCUCAUUGCUAGACCAUGGCCUGUAGUUUGUAGCACCGUGAAGGAAAGAUAAUAAAUAAUCUGUUCCGUGUAGUGUUGGUAACAACAUUUAUACCGCAGUGAAGGCUUAAAAUCUCAGUAUUUGUUUUUGAUUUUUCGAAAUUCAAUCUAGAGCGCCUUUUUUUUCUUCUUAUAAAACUAUUAGUUCCUUUCAUUGAAGGGUUAGGUAUAGUUUGAAAGUGUGCUAUAUUAGGAUUGCGACACAAAGUCGAAAGUAAAACUUUCGGUAUAUAACCAUUAAGAUGGAGGAGGAACCUGAACCAAAUUAUAUAAGAGACCUUAUAGAAGGAAAAACAAAACUUCGAAAACUGCGACCCGCACCACCCAUCGAUCGGUUCAGGAAUGAUCCAUUUAAAAAUAAUCCCCUGAUGACCUAUUGCCUUGAAGAAUUAAAACGAAGAGAAACCAUUGAAAGCCAGUUAUAUUUGGCUGCAAAGAAGAAAAUAAAAACAGCAAGGGAUGCUCUUCCAGUAGUUCCUCAACAUGCACUAACACAAUCUGAGGUUCAUCAGCGCUUGAAACAUGAAGCGUCUAAGAACCGUCCACCACCAUUGACGGCUGAGUGGAAGGAGUGUAUUUUGAACGCAGUACCUAUUCAACUUAGGAAUAAAUUUCCCACAAUAACUGCAGCAUUGCUGGCAGAAGUAGAGGAAUUAUAUGAACGAGACCUGAAACAUCUUUGGAUUAAGAGGACUUUAAAGCAUCUUCCAGCAGAAGAAUUGUCUGUGGUUACAAUGCAUCCAUACAGGGAGGGAAGGACAGAGAAUUACAAAAAGUUUCUGCGGACGGUGCAGUACAUGGACAAGAGACUGUUGUUAACACAUAACCUAAUGAGAAGACUUGUAGACAGGGCAGCAACAUGUGUACCGGAACUGAUCGUUGAUUUCACCAAAUACAGGGAUGUUGGACCAAUAGAGUUAGUGAAAUGGAAAGAAUUAAUGGCUGCAGAUUUGAAGAAAGCGGACGAUGUAAUGGGUAGAGACAUGUUUACCAGAAUAGUGAACUUGUUUCGACAGAAGAAUUGCAUGAAAGGUGUGCGAUGUAAUUUCCAACCACAGUUUCUGAAAUGCGCCACUUUCAUUGUUUCAAAUGAGAUAGCAGCUUGCAUGCUGAGAACCAUUAAGAAUGUAGUUGACGUUACUGCUGACAUGUAUAAAAUCCCAUAUCUGAAAAUUGAUUUGGUGUAUGAAGAAGAGACCGGGAUACAGAUUGUUCCAACAGUGCCAGACAUAAUCGCCGCCUAUCACAAAAUUAUUGAUGAUAUCACAGGUGUUGCUCAGCAGUUGGUUCCAUUAGAAUCUUGGACUGAUGUGGACAUACCACCAGGGUACAUUACCGUUAAAGUCCUUCCGGAACAUACUGAUAGGGCACGACGGAUCAUACAGGAAAAUGUUGAGAAGCUGUACGCACCAGUUGAGGUUUACAGACAAUGCCUUGUGGAGAGAUAUAAGCCACUCUAUGGAACAGAAGUAUCCCACGAAAUAGAGACUGUCUUAAAAUUAAGACACAAAGCAUUUAGAGAUGGGUGCCAGAGAGUAAAAUUCUUCUGUGAAUAUUGUGUUGAAAUUACAGGACUUGUCAACAAUGAGUAUUUUAAUAUUGUAAAGUUGUCUCAGUGCAAGUUGAAAACGUCAUUGAAGAAAGUUGCCACGAGAUAUAUAGAAUGGAUAACCACAGAAUUGGUUCAGAAACAUGAAGAUCUGUGCAAAAGUAUUUGUAAAGAAUUUGAAGACAUUGUUGUCAAAGCAUUAUCAGUGCCCAGAAGUACAGAGGAAUUGGUAGAAAUGGGUCGACACAUGUUGUGUGCCAACACCACAGACAUGGAGAAGAAAAAGGCGGACAUAGCAAUAAUGAUACAUGAGAUGGUGCGGUUGAUGGAUGUGACGUCUCUCACCCAAGGACAUAUUGGUCUCAUUGCAGAAACUAUUUCAUGGGUACAAAAUAUUAAGCCAGUGUUCAGGAAGAACUCUUUGCUGUACGAACAAUACAAAUCUGAAUUUGAGGAGAAUCUGGCUAAGAAAACUGAGAGUCUGAUGAAGGAAAUAGAAGAUGUUUUUCCACGUCUGGCACUUCUUAACAUGAUGGAUCACACAGAAAAUAUCAGAGAAUAUCUUAAUCAUAUCAGAUUGGUUAUUUAUGAUCUUCAGAAACUUGAUGAAACAAUUGAAUGGAUAAACAAGGAAGAAGGUCUUUUCCAGUUCCCAGUUUCAACCUACCCAGAACUGGAUGAGUUGAAGAGUAUUAUCUGUCCAUUUGGAGAGCUGAUUUUCCUUGUCUAUAAGUGGCAAAGAACACAGAAAUUAUGGCUGGAUGGGAAUUUUUAUGAUCUUGUAGCCAGAGAUGUUGAAGAAAAAACAGAUGAGUUUUACAAAGAUGUAAUAAAGGCUCAGGAAAAGCAUCGCUCAAGACUGAGACAGCAAGUAGCAGAGAACUAUCCACAUAGGUUCAAAGGUAAUGUAGAAGAUCCAGACUUCUCUAAUUUGCCUGCCCCAUUGAAGCUCUGCAUAAAGACAAUUGAAAGUAUUAAGGACUUCAGGCAAUAUUUUCCGGUAGUUGGAAUAUUCAGCAAUCCAGCUUUAUGUGAGCGACACUGGAACGAGAUGUCAAAGAUAGUAGGUUUUGAUCUCACUCCAAAUGCUGGAACUACUGCAAACAAAAUAAUUAAUAUGCAUCUUGAGAAAUACCUGGACAGGUUUGAGACAGUGAGCAUUAGUGCAAGCAAAGAAAAGCAGCUACAGGAUAAUUUAUCGCAAAUUUUAACGGAAUGGUCCGAUGUUGCAUUCACAGUCAACAAAUGGAAGGAUACAGACAUCCUAGUCCUGUCUCAUUUAAGUGACAUACAAGCCAUCAUGGAUGACCAUUAUGUCAAAACACUUGCAAUGAGAGGCUCUGCCUUUGUGAAGCCGUGUGAAGCUGAAAUACGAGAAUGGUAUGAAAAGCUGACAAGAAUGAUGAAAACAUUUGAGGAGUGGGGAAGCGUUCAAGCAAAGUGGCUUCAUUUGCUUCCUAUAUUUUCAUCUCAAGAUAUUGUUAGUCAGUUGCCAGAAGAAGGGAAGCUGUUUCAGAAUGUGGAUCAGAGUUACAGGAGGUUAAUGAACUCGUUGCAGAAGGAUUCAAGAGUGGUUGAGACAGCAGGUGCACUCAGUACAUCUGUGAUCCUACAGGAAUGUAUGGCUGAUCUGGAGAAAGUCAGUGAGGGAGUGGCUGCUUACCUAGAAGAGAAGAGACUUGUGUUCCCAAGAUUUUUCUUCCUUUCCAAUGAUGAAUUGUUAGAAAUUUUGUCUGAAACCAAAGACCCACUGAGAGUACAGCCACACAUGAAGAAGUGUUUCGAAGGAAUUGCUAAAGUAGGCUUUGAUCCUGAUCUCAACAUCUGUGCCAUGUUCAGUGGAGAAGGAGAGAUAAUAAACUUUUUGCAACUCAUCUCUGUGGCUGAAGCUAGAGGAAGUGUUGAGAAGUGGCUUAAUCAGGUAGAGGAGCAGAUGGUCGUGUCUCUAAGGAGUGAAAUAGAGAAGAGUUACGAGGCAUACCCUAGAUGCAGCCGUGCCAGCUGGGUUUUGCAAUGGGCAGGCCAGGUUAUGCUGUGUGCUGCAAUGAUCCACUGGACAGAGGAAGUGGAAAAAAUGCUCAGACUAGAACAAGCAGAGAAACUGAGAGAGUAUCACAAACGUUUGCAGAUUCAGUUGCAGGACCUUGUUGUACUUGUGCGUGGAAAAGUUUCCAAACAAUCCCGUAUUGUUUUGGGAGCAUUGAUCAUGUCUGAUGUCCAUGCUAAAGAUGUCAUAGAGGACUUGGUUAAGAAGAAAUUUCAUUCUGAGUUAGCCUUCACAUGGCUGGCUCAGUUACGGUAUUAUUGGGAACAUGGUGUAAAGAUUCGCAACAUCAGUGCAACAAUUAAUUACGCAUACGAAUAUUUGGGUAACACUCCUCGACUAGUCGUUACACCACUGACUGACCGCUGCUACCGUACACUAAUUGGUGCAUAUCAUCUGCAUCUCAGUGGUGCUCCAGAAGGCCCGGCCGGCACAGGCAAGACUGAAACAGUCAAAGAUUUGGCCAAAGUCAUCGCAGUUCGGUGUGUGGUUUUCAAUUGUUCAGAUGGUCUGGAUUAUAUUGCAAUGGGAAAGUUCUUCAAAGGUUUGGCGUCAUCAGGAGCAUGGGCCUGUUUUGAUGAAUUUAACCGGAUUGAACUAGACGUGUUGUCAGUAAUUGCCCAACAGAUUCUGUGCAUCAUGCAAGCAGUUCAAGCAGGUGUUAAGAAAUUCCUGUUUGAAGGUACUCAGCUCAAUCUUAAUCCUGCUUGCUACAUAUGUAUCACCAUGAACCCAGGAUAUGCUGGGUGCUCAGAGCUACCUGACAACCUGAAAGUCCUUUUCCGCACUGUUGCUAUGAUGGUACCAGACUUUGCUCUCAUUGCGGAGGUUUCGUUGUAUUCAUAUGGUUUUAUGGAGGCUAGAAGCUUAUCUGUGAAAAUUGUAACUGUGUAUCGCCUCUGCUCAGAACAGCUGUCAUCUCAAGACCACUACGAUUAUGGAAUGAGAGCAGUAAAGACUGUGUUAACAACUGCUAGGAACUUGAAGUUGAAGUUCCCAGAUGAGAAAGAAGAAAUGUUGGUCCUUAGGUCAAUUAUUGAUGUUAAUCAUCCCAAGUUUCUUCCUUGUGAUGUUCCUCUGUUUGAGGGAAUCGUAUCUGACUUGUUUCCUGGUGUUGUCCUCCCUCAGCACAGUCAUAAUAUAUUUCUUAAUGCUGCGAGAGAGGUUUGCAAGUCAAAGGUUUUACAACCUGUUGAUGCAUUUCUGCAGAAAGUUGUCCAAACCUACGAGAUGAUGACCAUACGUCAUGGAUUUAUGUUGGUAGGGGAACCAUUUGGAGGAAAGACCUGUGCACUGAAGGUUUUGGCGGACACCUUGCGUGUCAUGGAAGAGCAAGGACAUAAUGAAAACAAAGUUAAGAUCAGAUUCAUUAACCCCAGAGCUGUUACAGUCAGCCAGUUAUAUGGGUGGUUCGACCCAUUAUCAAAUGAAUGGACUGAUGGAAUUGUUGCUACAACAUUCAGGAAAUAUUCAACUGAUGAAUCUCCUGACAGAAAGUGGUUGAUCUUUGAUGGGCCUGUGGAUCCGGUUUGGGUAGAAAACAUGAACACAGUCUUGGAUGACAACAAGAAGCUUUGCCUUAAUUGUGGAGAAGUUAUUGUACAAACUGUGCAAAUGUCAAUGAUAUUCGAAGUAAUGGAUCUGUCUCAUGCGUCACCAGCAACCGUUUCGCGUUGUGGUAUGAUCUACAUGGAGCCAUCAGCUUUAGGCUGGAAGCCGUUGGCUCUCUCCUGGAUUCAGCAAGGAAAUCUUGAAUGGGUAAAAGGAAAUGAACAAUUUAUGGAAGCCUUCCUUGACUGGCUUGUUCCACCUUGUCUGCUGUUUGUAAAGAAACAUGGAGUCCAAUUGAUUACUGGUGGAGUUACAAAUCUAGUGGUGUCUACUAUGAUAUUAGUGAAAAUGUUGCUGGAAGAAGCCGUACGUGCAAAUGAAGAUAAAAAAUAUCUUCGCAUCUGGAUUCAAGCAGCGUUUGUAUUUGCUGGUGUAUGGGGCAUUGGAGGGAACCUGGAUACUGACAGUCAGAUUCAGUAUGAUGAAUUCUAUAAGACUUUAUGGAAAGGUCUUAAUCCAGACUACCCUAUUCCAGAAAGUCUUGAGAAGGUGGAUAUUUCAAUACCUGGGGAGGGCACCCUUUAUGAUUACACGUAUAAUUUUAAACAGAAAGGAAGCUGGAAGUAUUGGCCAGAAAUACUGAAGACUGUGACUGCUGUGGAGAAAAUUAACAUCUAUCAGAUGCUAAUUCCAACUGUUGAAUCAAUGAGAUAUCAGUAUCUGAUGGAACUGCACAUUCGUCAUAAUCAUUCUAUGCUGAUGGUUGGUAACACAGGGACAGGGAAGAGUUUCUGUGUGCAGAACAUGUUGAUGCAUCAGUUACCAGAGCAAAAAUACAUUCCAGCACUUAUCACAUUUACUGCACACACUACGGCAAAUCAAACACAGGAGCUUGUCCUCUCGAAGUUACAUAAACGCAGGAAAGGUUUGUAUGGACCCCCAGUGAACACUAAAUGUGUUAUAUUUGUGGACGACCUGAACAUGCCGGUAAAGGAUAAAUAUGGAGCACAGCCGGCGGUUGAGCUGCUUAGACAGUUCUUUGAUCAUGGCCACUGGUAUGACUUAAAAGAUGCAAGUAAGGUGCACCUGUAUGAUCUAAUGGUGCUGGCUGCAAUGGGACUUCCCGGCGGCAGUCGGCAAGAUGUUUGCCAGCGUUUCUUGCGUCACUUCAGUAUUUACGCCAUCAACGAAUUCACAGCAGAGAGCAUGACUAAAAUAUUUACGAAUGUUCUCAGCACUGGUCUCAGAAGAAAUGGAUUUACAACAGAUGUUGCAUCUUCCGUAUCAUGCAUGGUAAAUGCCACACUGGAUAUGUACAAAGCGGCAAUUCAUAGUCUGCUCCCGACUCCAGCAAAGUCCCACUAUCUCUUCAACUUGAGAGACUUUUCCAGAGUGAUACAAGGAUGUGCUCUUCUUAGGAAGGAAAGUGCUGACAGCAAGAAAGUGUUUGUCAAACUCUGGGUCCAUGAGGUGUUACGAGUGUUCUAUGACCGCCUAACAGAUGAGAGAGAUAGGCAAUGGUUUUAUAGAAAACUGUGUGACUGUGUUCAAGAAAACUUCAAGGAUAACUUUGAUAUAUUAUUAGAGACACUUCCCAUGGAGAGUGGUGUGGUAACUGAGGAGUCACUCAGAUUUUUAAUGUUUGGAAACUUCAUGAAUAUGGAUUCUACAGAAGACAACAAGAAUAAAUAUGAAGAAAUACCAAGCCUUGAAGCUUUCGUAACUGUUGCAGAGGCAGCUAUGGUAGAAUAUAAUUCAACCCAUAAGGAAAAAAUGGAUGUUGUUCUGUUUAGAUAUGCACUGGAACACCUCUCCCGCAUUUGUCGCAUUCUCACCAUGCCGUGCGGUUCUGGCCUGCUUGUUGGAGUUGGUGGCUCAGGACGGCAGUCCCUUACGAAACUUGCUUCAGCUAUUCAAGGAAACACUUUUUUCCAGCCAGAAGUAUCCAGAAACUAUUGUGUUAAUGAGUGGAGGGAUGAUCUGAAGACAGUACUCAAGCUGGCUGGUGGCCAUGGGAAGGAAACAACUUUCUUGUUCACUGAUGGUCAGAUCGAGGAAGAAGUGUUCUUGCAAGACAUAGAUUCACUGCUGAAUUCUGGUGAAGUGCCAAAUUUAUAUGCUGUAGAGGAGCAGCAAGAGAUUUUGGAACUUGUGAGGCUAGCUGCUCAAGGAGGCGACAGAAAUUUGGACAUCAGUGCACUAGCAGUUUUCUCUUUCUUUAUCAGCCGUUGCAAACAAAAGUUGCACAUCGUGUUGUGCUUCAGUCCUAUCGGUGCAUCAUUUCGCAGUCGGUUACGGCUGUAUCCAUCGUUCAUUAACUGCUGUACCAUUGAUUGGUUUUUGACUUGGCCUGAAGAGGCUUUGGAGAUGGUUGCGCUGAGGUACAUGACUGACCUCAAUGUCAGUGAUGACGUUAAGAAAGCAGCUGUAAUAGCCUGCAGAUAUUUGCACGUCAGCAUGAGGUCCGUGUCUGAUACAUUCUUCAUGCAAGAAGGCAGAAAGACUUAUAUAACUUCAGCAGCAUACAUUGACCUGAUCCGUUCAUACACGGAAUUGACCAAUGCAAAACAAGAUGAGAUAAUGGAUGCAAAACUGAGAUAUGUUGGUGGAGUGGAUAGGUUACUCUUUGCAGCUGAACAAGUUACAGCUAUGCAGAGACAGCUCUCAGACUUGAAACCGCAGUUAGUUCUGGCAGCUAACAAGACACAGGAUAUGAUGAUAGAGAUUGAAAAGGAGACAGUCAAAGUCGCAACCGCUUCUGCUCAAGUUCGGGCAGAUGAGAAAGUUGCCAAUCUGCAGGCUGCCGCAGCUCAGGAAUUGAAGAAUGAAUGUGAAGCUGACUUAGCUCAAACAGUACCUAUUUUGGAAGAUACGGUCGCUGCGCUGAACACAUUGAAACCCACGGAUAUUACAUUGGUGAAAUCCAUGAAAAAUCCACCAGAUGCAAUCAAGUUGGUGAUGGCUGCAGUUUGUGUAAUGAAAGGCGUGAAACCAGACAGAAUUAAUGAUCCUGUUACAGGUAGAAUGGUAAAUGAUUAUUGGGGGCCCAGCAAAAGGGUGCUAGGAGAUAUGUACUUUCUACAGUCUUUUAGCGAUUUUGAUAAGGAUAAUAUUCCUCAUGCCAUAAUGAAGAAAAUCAGAACUGAGUAUCUUCCAAAUAAGGACUUCAAACCCAGUGUUGUGUCCAAGGCUUCUAGUGCUGCUGAAGGCCUGUGUAAGUGGGUGAUUGCCAUGGACAUGUACGACAGAGUAGCAAAGGAAGCAGCCCCAAAAAAGGCAAAGUUUGAAGCAGCAGAGGCAGAGUACAAUGAUACCAUGGCCUUAUUGGAAGAAAAAAGAUCCCAGCUGCAGACGCUCGAGACGGAGUUAGCUGAAUUACGUCAGAAGCUGGAAGAGGCUAAUAAACAUAAGAAAGAGCUUGAAGAUGAAGUCCAUCUAUGUGAAAACAAACUGGUGAGAGCAGAGAAGUUAAUUGGUGGACUUGGGGGAGAGAAGGCUCGCUGGGCAUCGGCUGCCAAUGCUUUGCAAGAAAAUUAUGAAUCACUUGCGGGAGAUAUCCUUAUUUGUUGCGGUAUCAUUGCCUACCUGUCCCCGUUCACCACUUCAUACAGGAAUGAGUGUGUAGAAGACUGGCGGACUUAUAUAAUUGAGCUGAAUAUUCCAUGCUCAAGAGUAUUUAAUUUCCAGAGCGUUCUAGGUUCAGACAUGAAGAUUCAGAACUGGAAUAUUGCAGGACUACCAAUGGAUUCAUUUUCAAUUGAAAAUGCAAUUAUCGUUGACAUGUCCAGAAGAUAUUCGCUGCUUGUCGAUCCUGAAGGGCAAGCAAACAGAUGGAUAAAAACUAUGGAGAGGAAACAUAAUUUACAAGUUAUUAAGUUCUCUGACCAUGAUUACAUGAAGACUAUUGAAAGUGCCAUUCAGUUGGGCAAUCCUGUGCUACUAGAGAAUGUAGGUGAGCAGAUGGAAGCUGCCCUAAAGCCCCUCCUCAAGAAACAGGUGUUUUGUCAAGCUGGCGGGACCUACAUACGUCUUGGUGAAACUGUUUGGGAAUACAGUGAUCAUUUUCGAUUCUAUCUCACUUCGAAACUGAGGAAACCUCAUUUUCUACCAGAAGUGUACAGCGUUGUCACCAUAGUAAAUUUUGCGCUAGCUUUGGAAGGACUAGAGGAUCAGCUGCUUGGAAUUGUAGUAGCGAAGGAAAGACCUGACCUUGAAGAUAAACGAAAAAACCUUAUUGUUCAAAGUGCUGCUAACAAGAAAGCACUGAAGGAAAUUGAAGAUAACAUCUUGAUAACUUUGUCUCAGACAAAGGGAAAUAUCUUGGAGGAUGAAUCUGCCAUUGAAGUUUUGGAUUCAUCGAAGCUCCUGGCUCUCGAUAUCACAAGGAAGGAUUCAGCAGCUAAGGAAAUUGCACUGAAUAUUGAAACUUUCCGUCACAGCUACAAGCCAAUUGCCUGCUACUCCUCUAUUCUAUAUUAUUGCAUCACCGACCUCCCAAAUCUCAAUCCCAUGUAUCAAUACUCAUUAGACUGGUUUAUCAAUUUGUACAUUACUUCAGUCGAAGGAAGUAACAAAUCAAGGCAGGUGGAGAGACGCUUGGAGUUCCUACGUGAUGCUUUCACAUAUAAUCUGUACUGUAAUUUGUGCUGCUCCUUGUUUGAUAAAGACAAGAUGCUGUUCUCAUUCAUCUUGUGUUCAAACAUCAUGAUAUCUACAGGAAAACUUGAUAAAAGCGAAUUAAAGUUCUUCCUCACUGAAGGAGUUGGUUUAGAGAAUGAAAUUCCGAACCCAGAUCCCAGUUGGUUGACUGGAAAGAUUUGGGAUGAAAUCUGUCACCUGGAUGAUCUUCCUGCAUUUUCAGGUUUUCGUGAGAGUUUCAGUAGUGCAGUAAAGGCAUGGCAACAGUAUUAUGAUUACCCAGACAUAGAUAAGGCUGAAUUACCAGAUCCAUGGAAUAAAUGUCUGUCUGGUUUUCAGAAAUUAAUAAUUGUUAGACUUUUCCAUCCAGAUAAGUUAAUCAUAUGCAUUAAGAAGUUCAUUGAGGUAGAACUUGGUACAAAGUAUGUGAUUCCACCAACUUUUGAUAUUACAAAAGCAUAUGAUGAUUCCAAUUGCCUCUGCCCCCUGAUAUUCAUAAUGUCAACUGGAGCAGAUCCCAUGGCUGCCUUGAUGUCAUUUGCUAACAAAAUGGGAUAUUCUGAAAGUUUCCAGUCCAUAUCCCUUGGACAGGGACAGGGACCAGUUGCACAAGCAAUGAUUGAAAGGGCCCAGAGAGAAGGGCAGUGGGUGUGUCUACAAAACUGCCAUCUUGCUGCAUCCUGGAUGCCUACACUGGAAAAGAUUUGGGAAAAGAUGGACACAGGAAAUACGAACAUAAGCUUCAGGCUGUGGCUUACAAGUUGUCCGUCUGACAAGUUCCCAAGUUCAGUUCUGCAGUCUGGAAUCAAGAUGACAAAUGAGUGCUCUGCAGGUCUGAAGCAGAAUCUCCUACACUCAUAUCUCUCAGAUCCUAUCACAGACCCUCAGUUCUUUUAUGGCUGUGAGGGCAAGGAGAGGACAUUUACCAGACUGCUUUAUGCCCUCUGCUUCUUCCAUGCAGUGGUUCAAGAAAGAAGGAACUUUGGUUCCAUUGGUUGGAACACACCAUAUGAUUUUAACGAAUCAGACAUUAACAUAUCCAUCAAGCACUUACAGAUGUUCAUUCAUGAGAAACAAGAUAUUCUGUUUGAAGCCAUCACAUACCUCACGGGGGAGUGUAACUAUGGCGGUCGCGUGGCUGAUCAUUGGGACCAAAGAACUCUCAGUACUGUACUUGCUGAUUUUGUCAGUAGUCAGUUGAUUACUGAUGAUAAUUAUGUCUUCUCCACUGAAGGAGAAACAUACGGUCUCCCAGAUCGCUACGAGUACAGACAUUACAUCCAACAUAUAAAGGAACUGCCCACAGAUCCCCCACCGGAAGUGUGCGGCUUGCACGUGAAUGCAAGGAUUAACAGGGAUCUGCAAUAUAAAAAUCAGUUUCUCAAUUCUGUUUCUCUGGUGUAUGGAGUUGUCGCUCCAAAAGGAGGAAAAUCAGAAACAUUUCUACAUGAAAUUACAAAAGAUAUUUUACACAGACUUCCAGCUCCUUUUGAUUUGGAAGUGGUAAUGGAGAAGUUUCCAGUAUCAUACACAGAAUCCAUGAACACUGUACUAAUUCAGGAAAUGGGGCGUUUCAACAAAUUGUUAGCCACAAUGUACAGUGACUUAGAGGCACUUAUGAAAGCUAUAAAAGGUUUUGCAGUAAUGUCACCUGCCCUUGAAGCAAUUUCCAGUUCUCUGAUGAUCGGUAAAGUGCCAGAAUCAUGGACAAAGGUUUCGUACCCAAGCCUGAAGCCACUGGCUAGUUAUGUGGCUGACUUCUUGGAGAGAAUUAAGUUUCUGGAGGCAUGGGCCAUUCGUGGGAAGCCACAUUGCUUCUGGCUGUCAGGAUUCUUCUUCACUCAAGCGUUUCUCGCUGGAGCAAUGCAGAACUAUGCUAGAAAGCACUCAGUAUCUAUAUAUCAUCUUCAGUUUGAUUUUGAAAUCCUGUCUGUUGAAUCAGUAUCGAGUUCACCUAAUGAUGGCGUGUAUGUAAAUGGCUUAUUUCUUGAAGGUGCUCGAUGGGACAGAAGAGCUUCACAUUUGUGUGAAUCUCACCCCAGAGUUGUUUGGGAUGAGAUGCCAGUCAUCUGGUUGAAGCCCACAGACAAGUCUGUGCUGAGAGUUGGAAAACGCUAUGUCUGCCCAUUGUAUACGACAUCAGAACGUCAUGGAAUUCUGACCACCACUGGCCAUUCCACUAAUUUUGUUUUGGCCAUACUCUUGAACACUGAGGAAUCUCCAUCCCACUGGAUCAAACGUGGAGUUGCGCUACUAUGCCAGCUUAAUGAGUGACUGUAUUCUUCUUCCUUGGCUCUACAACACAGUGUGGGUCUUUGCCGCCUCCAUUCGGAGGUUUCUUGGUCUAAGUGUUCAUUUAUCAGUAGUGAGUGACGAGCCCACUGCCUCUGCAAAAUUUGUACUCAAUCCUGAUUUCUCCCCUAGAGCCACCUAGUAGAGAAUCAGAAGAGACAUGGCCGCUGAAUUUUGCUUAUGAAACAUCUCGUUCAUGCUCGUAAGGAGUGACUGUAUUGCUUCUGUUAAAAUAAAUGAAAUUUUUGUCAG